AUGUACUUCUACCUGGUCACUGCGUCUGUGGAAUACUCCGUGGCCUUCCCUGUGAACCUGUGGGCCUUUGUCUCCAUUGUCUCAAACCGAAGACCCGCCGUGGAGCGAGAGGUGCUGAUCCUGAACCUGCUGCUGAGCGAGAUCCUGUGCUCGCUCUGCUUCCUCCUCUGGCUCCUGCAGUUCUUCACACCGAUGUCAGUCUUCACUCCACUCAUUAACUUCUACCAGGGCUCCAUGUCUGUGGCCCGGACCCUGUUCCAGUGGCACCUCUGCACCGACCGCUACCUGGCCGUGGUCCAUCCCAUAAUGUUCAUCAGAUACCGACAGGUCCGGUACCGUGUGGCCUGCCUGGUCCCUCUGUGGACUAUUGCUACAGUCUGUGGCCUGAACAGCGUGUACUUCCCCAUGAGUAAGAUCCUGGUGUCUCUUGGAGGUCUCUGUGUCCUGGCCCCCUCUCUCUCCACCGAGACCAUGUGUAGUCUGGCCAUUGCCCGGACCCUGAGAAGACCGGGUCCAGGGUCCAGAGAGAGCGGGGGUAGCGGGCAGAAGAGGAGAGCGGUCCGGAUCACGGCGCUGCUGGCCCUCAUGGCGGUCCUCAACAACAUCAGCUUCAUUCUCUUCCCGGUCUUUGACAAGUCUUCCCACGAGGAUUUUUUCCCGGUGGCUCUGGCUCUUGGUACCAUGGGAAGUUCUACACAUGGUUUUUUAUACAUGAGCCGAGCCAGAAGGUCCCAGCGCAAGUAG